AGACAGUGCCUGCACUCGGUCAUAGACGAAGCCAGAGGUGCACGACCAAGUUUGUAGCAAUAUUGAAAAGAAGGUCAGCACACUCUGUAUAUUCAAGGUGAAAAAAGUGUUGAUUUAUUCACACAUCAUCCGACGUUUCGGUCCCGCAUGGGGACCUUUCUCAAGGAUACAGUGCAAUAACAAAGAUACAAUUAAAUACCCACCCCCCAGUGUAUUUUGGGCGCCAAAAAUGAUGUCACCAGUCCAUAUAAGGCAUGUAAGUCCAUCUCUGUUUCAGUUUGCCUUUUUUUUCAAACAGUUGCAAUAUCUCUUUUUACCACCGGGUGUCAGUGUCCAAUCCAAUAGUGUAUGACUGUGUCCAUAUAGUUUGCAACAUUGUGAAAAAAAUAUAUAAGACUUAAAAAAAAGACUUAAAAAAACUGUAUCAUUUUACAUACAGACAAUAAAGGAUACUGUUUCUACUUACACAGCAGUAAAUACAUUCUUUCUUCACAUGGUUGUUAGCAUUUAAUUUCUUAUGGAGCGGAAAACACAGCACAACACACCUGCAUCCCUCACGAUAGAGGCAUUGAAGCAGUAAAAGGGCUAGUAACUAACAAUUCCAACUAUAAGGGUCCACCAGUUGAAUAUAUGUUGCAGCUUCUUGAAUUUGUGCUGCACAAAAACUACUUCAAAUUUGAGAGAUUUCUAUUUACAACGCACUGGCACCGCCAUGGGUUCAAGGGUAGCGCCAGCCUAUGCCAAUGCGUAUAUGUAUGAAUUUGAAAGCAAAUAUGUAUACGGUCAUGAUCUCUUUAAAAAGCAUGGCAGUUUUUAUAGGCGCUACAUAGACGAUCUGUUUUUUUUUGUGGACAGGGCCUUCUGAACAGUUGGAAUUGUUUGUACAAUCACUCAAUGAGUUAGACACACCAAUCAAACUCACUUCAAAUUAUAGUUCACAGCAAAUCAGCUUCUUGGAUGUCCAAAUCUAUAAGUGUAAUGGGGCCCUUCAGACACGGAUUUACACGAAAGAUACUGACAGAAAUACACUUUUGCACUAUACAAGUCACCACCCUAGGCACCUUCUUGACUCACUCCCCAAGUCUCAGAUGAUGAGGGUGGCCCGUAUAGACAGUGACCCUGAACAGAAGAAAAUUGACCUUGAGAAAAUGGGCUUGAAAUUCCUAGAGAGGGGUUACCCACAAUCACUGAUCAGACAAACCAUGGACACUGUCGCAUUAAUGGAUCGUGAGCAGUUGUUACAGAAAAAGGUGCAUCACGUAGAGGGUGGUGAUAUGAAAGAUAUGUAUUAUGUCAGUAAGUUUAAUCCCCAUAGUAGGGACACCAAGAGGGCUGUGAUGAACUACUGGGAGAUAGUGGCUAGUGAUGAAGUGAUGGGGAAAAGGGUCCCACACAGGCCGAGGUUCAGUUAUUCUAGGAAUACUAACCUCAAGGAACAUUUGAGUCCCUCUGAUCCAGUGGGCAAAUAUGCUCAAACCCCAGUACAACACUUCUUAACACCACGCCCCGGGGUGUAUAGGUGCACAGGAUGUGUUGUGUGUAACACCUUGAUUUUGGGCACGGAGUUCAGACAUCCAAGGACUGGCAAAAGCUACAAGAUCAGACAAAGGAUGACGUGCACAACCACCAUGGUUGUAUAUAUCAUCAAAUGUCCAUGUGGUCUCCUCUAUUGCGGUAAAACCGUGAGGCAGCUAAAAGAAAGGGUUAGCAUGCAUAGGGCGAGCAUUAGGGCAGCGUUAGAUACUAAUAGGAUUAUUGAUCCUAGUAAACAGGACAUUGCCCAGCAGCCCGUGGCCAAACACUGGCGUGAGGCCAAACACAGUCCUGCCCAGUUUAAAUGCAUGCCCAUCGAUCAUGUACCUAAGCCGCCAAGGGGUGGUGACAUUGAGAAGCUGCUAUUGAAAAGAGAGGCUUUCUGGAUCUUUGAACUAGAUUGUGUAGCCCCCAAAGGGUUAAAUGGGCAACUACAACUAAACUGUUUCCUAACCUAACUUGGUUUUGUCAUAUUGACAGGUUCUGUGUUUUCCGCUCCAUAAGAAAUUAAAUGCUAACAACCAUGUGAAGAAAGAAUGUAUUUACUGCUGUUCAUACACUAUUGGAUUGGACACUGACACCCGGUGGUAAAAAGAGAUAUUGCAACUGUUAUUUGAAAAAAAAGGCAAACUGAAACAGAGAUGGACUUACAUGCCUUAUAUGGACUGGUGACAUCAUUUUUGGCGCCCAAAAUACACUGGGGGGUGGGUAUUUAAUUGUAUCUUUGUUAUUGCACUGUAUCCUUGAGAAAGGUCCCCAUGCGGGACCGAAACGUCGGAUGAUGUGUGAAUAAAUC